UUGCAGGGCCAGAGCAAAGCCGAGAAAGAGAGGCAAGAGGCCAAUAAGAAAGAGUGGGCCAUAUAUAUAUAGCCAGCUAAUCUGUUGUGCAGUGCGUUUUAUCAGCCAGCGAAAGAAACGAAAACGAAAGUCGGUCCAAGUCCAAGAGCUAAAGUCUCGGAGGUACAACGAAAAUCAAAAAAAAAAAAUUCAGAGACACGCGGAUCUCAUCUCGGUAAUGUCUCAAUAAAAGUUAAAAUAAUCUUAACUACCUACCGCCGGAAUGUAGGGAAAAGUGAAAAUAAAAGCGCUCAACGAGUUUCGAAAAGCAACAAAUAUAAUUGAAACGCCGAAAAUCAAAGUAGCUGAAAUCCGGGAGGGGCGACGAGGCAAGGAGGCGUGGCCAAUUGAGGUGAGGUGAAUCGUAGUGCGGUGACCUUCGGCGGACGGCGGCAAACAGCAAUCAAACAAGCCAUUUGAGAUAGCCAAACAAGCGCGCGGACCAAAUAUCUCGCACAAUACGCGCACUCGUGUACUAACAAAAACAAAUAAAUACAAAUAAAUACAAAUAAAUAUAAAUAUAAGCCAAGGUGACUAAGUACCGUGGCAGCAGCAGCAGCAGCAUGGAGAUCAGGCGCACCUCUCGACCAUAUCUAUGGGUCUUUCUGAUGCUGCUCGGCCUUUGGCUGGGCUCGGUUUUGGCCAAGGGCGCCAGCAAUCAGACCACCUCACAAACCUGGCAGCACCAACAGCAGCAGCAGCAGCAGCAGCAGCGAUAUCAAAGUCAGCUGCUCAAUGAAUCGCAAUCGGUGCCAGAGGAACUGGAGAUUUUGGAAACCACUUCGGCCAUUGUGAGUUCGCCGCAUGAAACCCAUUUGACGCGCACCUCCGUCAUUUUCGGGCUCACAAAAGUGGCCAACGAGAGCAGCGUCAGCCAAAAGUGCCAUGCGCAGCUGCGACAGGUGCAGCGCGGCAUACUGGGCAAACAGCCAUGGGCCAUGAAGGUUUUGGAUGCAUCGGGAACGAAACCCUCUGGCUUCGUAUAUGGCCAGAACUAUUGGCUGGGCAGUCGGGAAGCUUGUCGCGGAGUCCAAAGACCCGUGGGUAUAACCCUGUCGAAGAACUUCGAUCGUGUGAUGCACUAUGGAAUUAUUACCCAGAAGGCGCCCUUUGACAUGGACUACCGGGUACUGUACUUGCGGCACAGUUCACCCUGGCAGGUGGAGAUAAAGCUAAUGUCCGAGCAGAUAAUCCACAUCGGCUUGUGCCUCCCGAGUGCCUGCAGUUCGGAGGAGGUUAAGAGUCUGGCCCAGGACUACGUAGCUGGAGGAACAUUUGCUGAAAACGAGAUCUUUGAUAUCCGACCGGAAGUGGUCUAUAUGAAGGAUCUGCAGUUGAAGGAGCAGUUCUUCGAGAGAGCCAGCUUCCGACUUUUGGUGGCCUGUGUCCUCGCCACUGGAGUUCUGAUGCUUUGUGCUCAGCAACUGACGGCCACCAAAAAGUUGGAAUCUUCCACUGAGGAACCCGAACCUGGUUUGGCACCCGCUGAAUCUGAAUUGUGGCGUGGACUUAACUCCCUUCUGCAGUUGGAAAGGCUACAGAAAUUUAUACCCUGCUGGGAUGUGCCCGCCAACUGGGCCAAGAUAUUUGCAGUGCGGGAGAAUUCUCCGAAUGAAAUUCCCUUGAUGAACGGACUGCGAUCGGUGUGCGCCAUCUGGAUAAUGGUGUUCCACGUGGUGUGGUUCAUGUACUUCACGGUUCACAACAAGACGGUACUGAUUUCGUAUGCAGAACAGGCCUUUUUCCAGUACGUUUCAUCGGCGCCUCUGCUCGUGGACGUCUUCUUUACCAUCAGUGGCUUCCUGCAAACGUUCAACUUCCUGAGAAAUUCCCAGCAACUGGAGACAGUGCGACGGAAUAGUUUGAGUGAAAAUGUAAAGCUCUUUGGCAAGCUGCUCUUCCAUCGGUAUUUGCGACUUGGACCACUUUAUCUGGUGGUCAUGGCCACCGUGGAUUUGGUGUACGCCUACAUUGGAGACGUCUCUGUUUACCACAUCAACGAGCGGUUCGACGAGAUGUGUUCCAAGCACUGGUGGCGCAAUCUGCUGUUCAUCCAGAACCUGUUCGAUCAUCGGGAUAUGUGCGCCAAUUGGAGUUGGUCCUUGGCCUGCGAAAUGCAGUUCUUUAUCCUGGCCAAUGCUCUGCUGUUUCUCUAUGUGAAAUAUCCCAAGGUAGUGAAAGCCCUGGUGGCCUCUUCCUUUGUGGCCACCAUUGCCUGGUCCUACAGCAUCGGCUUGAGCAUCAAGUUUCAGUUGUCCUUUGAUGCUGCCUUUGCCACCGGAACGGAAAUCUACACUUCACCCUUUGUGAGAGUCCUUCCAUAUAUCCUGGGAGCAGCCACAGCUUGGUUGUUCCUGGAGAAUCGAGUCCAGUUGGAGAUCAGUGAAUCCAAGGAGCGUUUCUGCUGGCACCUGGCUUUAUUAGUGUUCUUCGCCUGCAUUUAUUCGACGGUGAAAAGGGACCUGGGCCCUCUGAUGGCCAUCACGCUUUUCGUGAUGGGUCGCCUCUUCUUUUCGCUGAGUGUAUGCUGGAUGAUUGCGCGCAGCUGCAGUGGACGGGGGGUGUGGUGGUCACGACUGCUGGAGGCCAAGGGCUUUCAGCAUGUCAGUCGGCUGUCCUACGCCAUUUACCUGCUAAAUCCGCUGGUCAUUGCAUUAUUCUACAGUUUAACAAACGCCAGCACGCACGCAGAUCCCUUCAUGCUGUGCGUGGUCACCUGCGGCUUCGCUGUCAUCGUCUACCUGGCCUCCAUCCUCUUUUCGCUGGCCUUCGAGCUGCCCUUCAGCAAUCUUUCCAGCCUGCUGAACCGACGGCAGAGCAGGCCGAAAAGUGCCUAAAGAUGCUAGCAAUAAGUUAGAUCGUUAAGGUCAACGCACACGCCUCCAUCUGACAAUUGUGAUCGCUUUCAUGUACAACUACUCAUCAUUAUCGAAUCACUAGGCUUAGUCUUGUCUUAGUCAAUGCUAUAUAUAUCCUGUACAUCGGUGGCCACCAUACUUAAUAAGAUAAUCCCUAGCUAUAGAUCACUUCCGAUAUACGUAUUGUAUUUGCUUAAACACACUGUCAUUCCCCAGCAUAGAAUAUAGAAUUGUUGACAAUGCUUAAAAAUGCAAUUUCUUUAUUUUUGA